CAGACCAGCUCGGCCCUCGGAGCUAAGCGGCUGCCCCUUCGCCCACGCCUGCAGAAAGUCCCCGCGAGAUGACUAGCAAGAGGAGCGUCCCCGUCGCCUUGGCGCUGACGGCGCUCUUGUGCGUCUGCCACAGCGGUACAGCCAGGAAUGUUGAGGAAAGGAAUAAAGAGAUUCCACUGAGGUCAGAGAACACUAAGUUGAAUACCAACAGUCGCGUUGAUCCCCGCCAGUUCACACUGAGUCCUAGUCAAGCUCACACUUUCGCUAAUGACAGUGGAAUUGGACCCCGUCAGUUCACUCUGAGUCCUAGUCAAGCUCACACUUACGCUAAUGACAGUGGAAUUGGACCCCGUCAGUUCACACUGAGUCCAAGCCAAGCUCACACUUUCGCUAAUGACAGUGGAAUUGGACCCCGUCAGUUCACUCUGAGUCCUAGUCAAGCUCACACUUACGCUAAUGACAGUGGAAUUGGACCCCGUCAGUUCACACUGAGUCCAAGCCAAGCUCACACUUACGCUAAUGACAGUGGAGUUGGACCCCGCCAGUUCACAAAGAGUCCAAAUCAGACUAUUAUAGAACCACGAAUCGAUGGUUCACUGCACGCAAUGAGCAGAGAUGGACUUAACUGCGGGGUUCGGUACAUUGCGCCAGGGUCGACCAGCUUGUUCCAGUCGAUUGGCUAUCCUGGGAAUUACCGGAAUAGGUAUAGGUGUAUGUGGAGGUUUUGGACCUUGGUAGAAUCUUCUUUAUCCAUCGAAUGCGACGAUUUCCUGCUUGAGUCAUCCCGACGCUGCAGAAACGACUUCUUAAGAAUCUGGGGCUCGGGGAUCAAUAGAAAAUUCUGUGGAUCUCGGGCCUCCCUCGCGGUAUCUGUGGAAGGCAGGAGCCUACGAGCUUUUUUCAAAACUAAUAGAAAAAAUGUUCAGAGAGGAUUCAACUGCUAUGUUACAGCUUCAGGACAAUGA